AAAAUUCUUAAGUACGUUAAAUGUGCUGAGCGCGUUAUUAACGUGCUCAGCUUGAUCACGUUAAUUAUUUGCAUUUCACGAAAAAAUAACUUGCUCAAUAACUUAAUUAAGUUGGAUGUUGAGCACGUUAUUUGAGUCAACUAGGUAGUUGAUUUAAGUCAGUUAUUUCUCUCUCAAAUAUGGCCGCCAUACAGCAUCGUCUGCAGAUACUACGCCAGAGAACUCGUGAUCUUCCGUUUCCGAGGGUCUUUCAAGACCGUUCAAACCCUCUGGAGACUCUAUCUUCUCCUGAAAUGUUCCAGAGGUAUCGUUUCCGUCCUCAUUCUAUUCUUCUUCUCGUCAACAUCCUUUUUCCUUACUUGGAACGAGCCACUGGACGCUCCUGUCCACUACCCCCUCUUCUUUCCGUACUUGUUUCUCUCCAUUUUCUGGCAACUGGAGCCCACUAUAUCGUUGUUGGUGACGUCCAUGGCAUUUCCGCUUCGUCUGUCUGCCGCGCCAUCAAAACCACUGUCGCUAUACUUUCUGGAGUUGCAAGAAAGAAGAUCCAGUUCCGUCGGGAUUUAGAUGCUGUAAAGGCAGAGUUCUUCUCCAUUGCCGGAUUUCCAAAUGUCAUUGGACUGGUGGAUGGAACCCACAUACGAAUAAAUGCCCCUCACCAGUAUGAGGAGGACUAUGUAAAUCGUAAGGGCUAUCACUCUAUCAAUCUGCAGAUGGUAUGUGAUGCUGGGUUCCGGAUUCAAAAUGUAGUUGUGAAGUGGCCUGGAAGUGUCCAUGAUGCCCGCAUAUUCCGGCAAUCUUCCUUAUGCCUGGAUUUGGAAAAUGGUGUCAUGGAUGGUUACUUGCUUGGUGACAGUGGUUAUGCGUGCCGACGUUACCUUCUAACGCCGUACCUGAACACACGAUCACAAGCACAGGAAAGAUAUAACAGAGCCCUAGUAAAGACUCGAGUCAUUAUUGAACAGACAUACGGUGUGUUGAAGCGCAGGUUUCCUUGCCUUUCAUAUGGCCUUCGUGUACAGCCCCAGCGAUGCUGCCAGAUAAUAUUGACCUGCUCCUUCCUCCACAACUUUGGUCUAGAUAAUGGAGACAUAUUUGAUCGUCUGGACGGUUUUGAUGUUGAUCAACCAGAUCAUGACUUUCAUUUUCAAAUUCAAAAUCCAGGCAAUGGCCUUCUUUUCAGAGAUGUUUUAGCACAAACAUUCUUCUCCUGACUGAUAUGUUCAGUUUCCUUUUUCAUAAAAGUGCUGUAACUGUUAUGACAGUAUUUGAGUAUUUGAAAAAAGUAAGAAUCAUUUUGUUUUUAGCUGAACUGAAUGAAGAAUGGAGAACUAUACUACUCUGCGUUAUGUCGGCAGCAGCGUCGGCUGGACAUCUUGUUUAAGAUUUUGCAUAUACUGGUAUGCACAUUUAAAGCUGCACUCUCACAGAUAUACCAUUUUUGCCACUUUUUUUAUUUCGUGUCUUGGAAAGAGCAAAUUUUUGGCGUAAAUAUCUGCAAACCAAUGAUAUAAGAUUGCUGACAAAAAAUCUGAUCGUAGAUUUUCAUAUUUCCAUACCAAAAUUAAUGUUUUAUUGCUUAAACUGUUACUAACAGUAUAAGGAAAAUGCAUAAAAUAUCAAUUUUUGAACUUUAUAUAACAAUCUGCCAUCUGAUUUUUUGUCAGCAGUCUUAUAUAAAUGGUUUUCAUGGAUUUUCUAAAAAAAUGGCUUGUUCCAGGACAAAAAAUAAAAAAAAAGUCGUCAAAACGUUCAACCUGUGAGAGUGCAGCUUUAAGCCAUUAUCUCUAGUUACUACAUCAUUUACUGCAUUGAAACUUUGGAUAUGUAUUCCCAUUUAUAUAACUUACCAAAUUAAUGAAGUAAGAUAACACUUAUUUGAGUAUAGUGCAAAUGGGCCUUUAUUAUUUGACUUUGAAAUUCUGGUAAAAGUGUUGCAUGUAGGCACACAUAGGUUGAUAUCUCAGCAACUACUUGAUGUAUCGUGUUGCAUUGAGAUUUUAUACAAUGGUACUAAACCAUCCAAUUUACUAAAAAAACAAGUAAAAUAACUAUAGUUUGCAUUAACUUUGGCAUCACUCUAAUCCAAUUUAAAGUGAUCCAUGCAUGUUUCACCAAAACUUUUCAAUCCUUACACUUAAAAGCGACGGAGUAGUCGAACACGCUGUCUCUGUGACAGCUCUUGUUAAUAAUUGCUUCGAAAUGUUUUCCACCAACUCUGGUUGUCAAUCCCUGUUUGAGGUUCAUUUGAUAUCAUUAUAUACAUGUCUUAUUUUCAAUUGGAAUGCUGACAGUUUAAGAGAAAUUGCAUUUUCUCUUAAUGUUUUUUGCUCAUCUGAUGAUCAUUUGCUACUUCCGAGUGUGAUAUUUCCAUUGCUAGUCUUUUGAGACAUAUCAAAUAUUUCUGUUCCAAUGGUGUUUCAUGCAUAAGCCCAUAUCCUUGAUACUUUCGUAAAAAAAAUGCAUUUUGUUUAACAAUCUUUAUUUCUGUAAUAACUCUCUUUAAACUACCUGAUAUUAAACAACAAAACAAAUAACACAUAAGUAUAUAUGCAGAUGUGGUCAUAAAGACUUUCAUAACGUCAUAUAACUUUUAUCACAUGAAUUAACUGUACAUAUCAUCCUUUUACAUAGUGUACCUUUUGCAAAUGUGACAAUCAAUAUAUUUGAAAUAUGGCACUUAAAAAAACAGAUGAAAUACAUGUCAAUAUCUAUUUUAUGUUAUGUUAUUGAAAAACAGAUGAAAUACAUGUCAAUUUCUAUUUUAUGUUAUGUUAUUGAAAAACAGAUGAAAUACAUGUCAAGUUCUAUUUCAUGUUAUGUUAUUGUGAAGAACAUGUUAGGCCUCCAUUGUCUGUAAAUUUCCUUUAUGUUUUAGUUUAAAGUAGUGUUAUUCAUUUAUCUUAACAUGGUAGAUUCAUUUAACUUCACAUGGUAGAUUCAUUGACUAAAAACUAGGUCACCUGGUCAAAUUAAAUGAAAAGCCUAUUAACACUAUAGAGGUUUCAUUUAUGACCAUAUUUUAAAGAAACUUGGACAGAAUGUUAAUAUCAAUAAUCCCUAGGUCAAGUUUAAAUCUGGGUCAUGUGGAUCCAAAAACUAGGUCACCAGGUCAAAUUGAAGGAAAAGCUUGCUAACACUCUAGAGGUCACAUUUAUAAAUGUAUCCUCAUGUUAACAUGUUAACGAUAAUUAUGCUCAUGAAACUUGAUCAGAAGGUUAUUCUUGAUGAUCUUUAGGUAGAGUUUGAAACUGUGUAAUCAGAGGUCAAAAACCAGGCCACUAGGUCAAAUUAUAGAAAAAACUUUGUAAACACUGUUACAUUCUCUAUUUGAUCACCAUGAAACAUUGUCUGAAUGUUUGUGUUUAUGAAGUCUAUGUCAAGUUUGAAACAUGGUAAUAUGAGUUCAAAAACAAGGUCACAAAGUCAAGUCAAAUAUUGUUAAAAAACUUUUGAGGCCAUAGUUCUACUAUAUCUAUAUGAAAUCUGAUCGGAAUGUACUUACUACAGCAAGGUAAUUGAAUUGGACCAGGUGAGCGAUACAGGGCAUUCAGGACCCUCUUGUUUAAUGGAAAAAUACGAAAAACUGUUAAACCUAAAUAAAUUGUAAACUAUGUGGUA